UCCUCGCGAGGAAGCUCCGUGGCGGCGGCGGCGGGCGGCGGGGCGCCGUGCCUUCAGGAUGGCAACAGCCAAGCGGGGCAUGAGGUCCACCCGGAAGCUGCGAGAGUGGACUGUGCAGCAGGUGGAGAGCGGGAAUUUUCCUGGACUGGUUUGGGAUGACGAUGCCAAGACCAUGUUCCGCAUCCCAUGGAAACAUGCCGGCAAGCAGGAAUUCCAUCAUGAAGAGGAUGCCGGUUUUUUCAAGGCUUGGGCCAUAUUUAAAGGAAAGUACAAGCCAGGGGAGCGCUUGGAUCCUGCUACUUGGAAGACACGUGUCCGCUGUGCUUUGAGCAAGAGCCCCGAGUUUGAGGAGAUGAAACAUCGCUCACGGCUGGAUAUUGGAGAGCCAUACAAAGUGUAUCGGCUGGUGCCGUUCUCCGAGCAGCGUGUAGUGAACCAACCUAAACAGCAGAGGAGACCAAAGCUAAAGCUGGAACAGUCCUCGGAGAAAACAGACGCCAACGCCACCAGCUCUUCUCACUCACCUGGCUCCUUGCCAGUCCUGAAAAGGCAGGAAGAGAGCUCUGGAUCAGAGACUCUGGCUAGCCAUAUUCCAAACACGUUCAGCACACUCAACCAGAAUGGAGAAUCCAGCCCUCAGCCUGGUGAAAUAGCACCAGAUGUGACCAAGAGUCAUCUCCAGUCGCAGCUGCCAGAAGCCAUCACUGCCACCACUGUGGGGACAGGAGAUUCCAGUGUCCUGCUCUCGAUCUUCUACGGCGGCAAGCUGAUGCUGGAAGUCCAGCUCCCAGAAGGCGAGUUCCUCAUCACGUCCGUCGUUGCCCCUCCAGGAGCUCCCACAAACAGCAUGACACGUGUAGUCCUGCCCCAGCCGGUCUUCAUGGAGGGCUCUGAAAAGAAGGAGACCAUUGAUCGGUUGCUGAAGGAUCUCGAAAGAGGCGUGAUGGUUGCCAGCAACCAGGAAGGGAUCUUUAUCCAGUGCCGAGGCAGAGCCAAUAUCCUGUGGUGGAGAACCGACAAAUCCCAAUCCCACAGCAAACUGGAGCCUAACACUUACCUGAAGUUGUUCAAUGCACGGAUGUUCAAGUCAGAGAUGGAGCAGUACCAACAGGGCCUUGUUCCUCAGCCAGAGCACCAGGUGACUCUCUGUGUAACAGAGGGAGUGGAGGAAUGUGAGGAUUUGGACAAGAAGUUCAUCACCAUCCAGGUAAGACUGGCGUCCUUAGGAAGGAAGGACGGACAAGCGAUUUGGUGUGGUCUGGAGAGUCACCCCGAGACUCAAGGGCAGAUUCCACAAGUCCGUGAUAAUGGGGAUGUAGGAAUGUCGUGGGCAGAAGCUCAAAGGGAAACAAAUUAUGGACUGGGGAGAUUCAGGACAAAUGUGUCCAAAGCUGCCCUGGCUCCUUGCCCCACCAGACAUGAGUCAUGGUGAAAUAAUUCUAAUCAAUUAGUUUCUGUUAUGUAAAACAUGACAAGCAAGCCAGUCUUGUUUCAGGCCACAGGGCAGGUUGUGUCACAAAUCAUUGCGACAAAAGAGCUGAGCCGUUCUAGCAUUUCAUAAAGCUGAUCUGAUGGAUUAGAGAGUUGAAAUCUGGACCUUCUUGGAGGCUUCCCAUUCAGAUUCAAGGAGCAUCUUUUCCCGCAGAUCAGCUGGAAUGGGUUAGAUAUGCAGAAACUCCUCUUCACUUGGUGUGUAGCCCUGAGAUCUCUAAUUCCUCCUCCUCUUCGCUUUUGCCUCUUGAUGUCCCCACCAUUUCAGAAGGCCCGUUGAACAUUCAGGUGCGAUUCCCACUGCUGCAGCCUCACAUUUUCAGCCACCUCUGCUCCCACUCGUCCAAAUCAGAAUCAACUAUUCAGUCUGCUUCAGCAGCUGCUGCACAGCCUCUAAGGAUAGCUACCCCUCCUUUCCUCCAACCUCCAAUCUUUUCCCAAGUUUCGUGCCAUUGUGCCCCGUCCGAGCAAGUUGACGUUCCUUUCCAAAAGCUUAGCCCUUUUGCAAGCUAAAAUAGUUUGGUCUUUUUUCCCAUUUGUCCUCCGGACUGGUUCAAUUGCUGGCCUGAGAUGGCUUCUCUGAAAUUCUCUGAGUCAGGAUAGAAGUGCAUCGUGGGUGGUGGGCCCAGAGCAAAUGAGGGGGGCAUGAGCCACAGUGGAGCAGCCAAGUUUGCCGAUGGCACCCAGCUGUUUAGGGUGGUUAAAAGCAAGCGGGAUUGUGAGAAGCUCCAAAAGGAUUUCUCCAAGCUGGGAGAAGGGGCGCCAUCACCCUUCCCUAAGUAGAUUCUUAGGAUGGUAUGAAAUGCGUGAUGGGUAGGUGGAAUAGAAGUGCAUUAUGGGCAGGCGGUGGCUCUGGGUAAGAGGUGUUUUAGGGAUAGGUGAGUCAGAAUAGAAUGGUAUUUUGGGUAAUACGUUUCAGGAGAAGUGCAUUAGGGGGUUUUAUGAUGGCAUGGGGGAAGAAUGUGGAAGGCUGAGCUAGGUCAGAAGAAAAGUGAACAUCAGGUUGCGGGACGCCCUCACUGGACAGGUGAUAUCAGUGUCUCUGCUGUU